AUGGAAAAGGCAAAUAAUUCUGCGAACUUAAAGUCCAACUCUUCAGCAAAGCAAAUCCAAUUGUAAAGUGAACUAUCAAGAUAAGCUACUGAUGACGAUAAGGAUGUCUUUAAAAUCUUAAUCACAACAGACAAUCAUCUUGGAUUCAGAGAGAAUGAUCCUAUUGUUGGCAAUGAUUCGUUUUUCUCAUUUAAUGAGACUCUGCAAAUCUACCGAACUUCAAAAAUCUUUAACAAAUAUGUACUUGGCAAAUAAUAAGUAAAGUUUGAGACUUAUCAAUACAAUAGAGCCAAUUAUCUUAAUCAGUCAUUGUCAAUCAAACUACCAAUAUUUUCAAUACAUGGUAACCAUGAUGACCCAAGUGGUUUAGAAUUCUUCUCAAGCUUAGAUAUGGUUAGUGCUAAUAACUAUGUGAACUAUUUCGGGAAAGUAAAAAAUAUCGAGCAAAUUGAAGUCUAGCCCAUCCUUUUUACUAAAGGAGACUCAAAGAUAGCUCUCUACGGUAUAGGCCACAUGAAAGAUGAGAGACUCAACAUGGCCUUUGAAAAUAAGACAAUUAAGUUCAAAAGGCCUAACUAAGAUAAAGACAAAUGGUUUAAUAUACUUGUACUUCAUUAAAAUAAAUAUAAAGGAGUGGCACUAGGUGCAUCUAAGAGAUGCAGCAUUAUGGAAAAUAUAAUACCAUAAUUCUUUGAUCUUGUAAUUUGGGCUCAUGAACAUGAAAGCAUUCCCUAAGUUUAUGAAUGUACAGAAACAGGAGUCCAUUUCUUGCAACCAGGAAGCACAGUAAUAACAUCUCUUUGUGAAGCAGAAACUAAGCCAAAACAUUGUUUUAUACUUAAAAUCAAGCAAUCAGCAUUCACCUGCAAACCAAUAAAAUUAAGAUGUGUCAGAAACAUCAUAUUUAGGACGUAAGAGUUAAGACUCACAGGCCUGGAUCCUAGAAGACCUCAACUUAUUGAAAAUUUUAUCAAGCAAUCAAUUGAUAAGAUGAUUGAAAUCAGUGAAAGAGAAAAGUUACAACAGACUCAGGAUCUGUAAAACUAUCACUAUGAUGUCGCUAAGAUACCUAAAGAGCUAGAUCUUCCUUAUAUUAGACUCAAAAUUGAGUAUUCUGGUUACAUGGUAGUAAAAUCUCGAGACCUAAAUCAUUAUUUUGAAGGAAAAAUUGCAAACAUCAAAGAUUAUUUACAGUUUUUCAAAAGGUAAGGAAUGCUUGCUACUUAGAAAAAAAGAAAGAAGAGUCAAGAGGGUAAAUCUGGAUUCUCUGAAAUGGAUGGACUGAUUGACAAUGAAGAGGAGAAUAUAUUUGAUAUGAAUGAAGGCGGACGAGGGAGGAUAGACCUUAACUCAUACUUAUUCCGUCAAAUGAAAUUGAAGCAGACGAAUGAGUAAAGAUGCAUAAAAAUAGAUGCCAAUAAGUUCAUGCAAAUUUUGGACAAGGCAUAAUUGAGUGAUAAUUCAACUGUGGUUGAGAAAAUGAUUGACAGAGAGAUUUUUGAAAAAGUUCUUGCUGGAGUAAAGAAGAAAGUUAAUGAGAACAUUCUUAGUAAUUUAAUGAACUUUAAAGAUAUUUACGAUAAUGGAUUGGAGAGCAAACUCAAAGAAAUUAGUCAUAAUGUAAUGAAAGAGCAAAAUAUCAUCGAUGAGGAAGAAGAAUAACAUUAUUAAUUGCCUACUAAAGAAUAGGAUGGAGUGAUGUAAGAUCCAUAAUCAUAGGUUGGAUAGAUAAAGAAAAAAAGCAGAUUAGACUUUGAUUACGAGGAAUGUUCUGAUAGAUCAUUCAAACUAAAUAACGAUAUGGAAAAUGAAAUAUUCAAGCCAAGUGCUUAUCUAGACAAUCAACCUGCUAAAUAACGAAAAAGUGAGAUCAAUAUGAAGGAUGAAUCAAAGAACUAGAAAAAGUAAAAAAGUAACUCAAGAAAUCCCCAAAAUUAAUAGAAUAUAAAGGAUAAAUAGGUGAAACGAGCAGCAUCUAAAGAAUCUCUUCAUUUGGAAUCGUCUGAUGAUGAGCAGAAUAAGUCAGGAUUCCCUUUAAAAACAAGUGUAAACAACUUUAUGGCUGAUUUUGACAGUAAUUCAAAUUCCCCAUAGAUGUUUUUAAAACCCAAUAAAAAGUAAACUAUAAAAGCUGAUCUAUCUAGUGCUUCACCUUCGCCAGGUCGUAAAAACCCCAAAUCUAAUAAAAAUAAGACUCAAGAAAAUAAAAAAGUUGAGCAGAAAUAAUCACAACUGACUAACUUUAUUAAUAAGAAAAAGCCUGAACCUGUUGAUGAUGAAAAAUAUAAGAGUAAAAAGCGAAAGUUAAACUCCUCGAGAAAAGAGGAAGAAGAAUAGAUUGAAUCAGAUUCAGAUAAUAGUGAGCCCUCAAACCUUCAAGAAUAGAUUAACCAUAAAAAAAGAAAGCUUAAUGAAAAUGAAUAAGCAAUCAAAGUUAAUCCAGUAGGCCAAACAUAAAAUUUGGGUAAUAAGAGAAUCCAGGCUCCUCAAAAACCAGUAGAUGAGGUUAUUAUUAGUCAAUCGGGAAGAAUGAUUCCUAAUUUCAAUAGAUAUGUUAAGAAGAAAUGA